CCUCCAUUUCUCCACCAAAUCACCACCGCGAAGUGAAAAUCUCAUUCUCCAAACACCAGAGCGUCGCAGCAGCCAGAUCCGCAGCCAGCCCAGCUCCGAUGGCCCGCACCAAGCAGACUGCCCGCAAGUCCACCGGCGGCAAGGCGCCGAGGAAGCAGCUGGCGACCAAGGCGGCCCGCAAGUCCGCCCCGGCCACCGGCGGCGUCAAGAAGCCGCACCGCUUCCGCCCGGGAACCGUCGCCCUCCGGGAGAUCCGCAAGUACCAGAAGAGCACGGAGCUGCUCAUCCGCAAGCUCCCCUUCCAGCGCCUCGUCCGGGAGAUCGCCCAGGACUUCAAGACGGACCUCCGCUUCCAGUCCUCCGCCGUCUCCGCGCUCCAGGAGGCCGCCGAGGCGUACCUCGUCGGCCUCUUCGAGGACACCAACCUCUGCGCCAUCCACGCCAAGCGCGUCACCAUCAUGCCCAAGGACAUCCAGCUCGCACGCCGCAUCCGCGGGGAGCGCGCCUAGGCUGUUCGUCCGGCCGCCACCGCCACGGUUCCAUCCUGGUUGAUCCUGAUUGGAUUCGAUCCGUCCUGUUAUUCUAGUCCACCCGUGCUUCGAAUUGUUACUACUAGGUUCUAGUUCAAGUAACGGUCGUUUGCUGUUGAUUACCAGUUGGAAAAAUUGGAAAGGAAGUGAUCUAUUUUAUCCCCA